CCGACAUACAAGGGGUGUAGGGUACCUCAUUUAUCACAUUUACCGACAUUCAAUGGGUGUAGGGUAUCUCAUUAAUCACAUUUACCGAGAUACAAGGGGUGUAGGUUAUCUCAUUUAUCACAUUUACCGACAUACAAGGGGUGUAGGUUAUCUCAUUUAUCACAUUUACUGACAUUCAAUGGGUGUAGGUUAUCUCAUUUAUCACAUUUACCAACAUACAAGGGGUGUAGGUUAUCUCAUUUAUCACAUUUACCGACAUACAAGGGGUGUAGGUUAUCUCAUUUAUCACAUUUACCGACACACAAGGGGUGCAGGUUAUCUCAUUUAUCACAUUUACCGACACACAAGGGGUGCAGGUUAUCUCAUUUAUCACAUUUACCAACAUACAAGGGGUGUAGGUUAUCUCAUUUAUCACAUUUACCAACAUACAAGGGGAGCAGGUUAUCUCAUUUAUCACAUUUACCAACAUACAAGGGGUUCAGGUUAUCUCAUUUAUCACAUUUACCAACAUACAAGGGGUGUAGGUUAUCUCAUUUAUCACAUUUACCAACAUACAAGGGGUGUAGGUUAUCUCAUUUAUCACAUUUACCAACAUACAAGGGGUUCAGGUUAUCUCACUUAUCACAUUUACCGAAAUACAAGGGGUGUAGGUUAUCUCAUUUAUCACAUUUACCAACAUACAAGGGGUUCAGGUUAUCUCACUUAUCACAUUUACCGAAAUACAAGGUGUGUAGGUUAUCUCAUUUAUCACAUUUACCGACAUACAAGGGGUUCAGGUUAUCUCACUUAUCACAUUUACCGAAAUACAAGGGGUGUAGGUUAUCUCAUUUAUCACAUUUCCCGACAUACAAGGGGAGCAGGUUAUCUUAUUUAUCACAUUUCCCGACAUACAAGGGGUGUAGGUUAUCUCAUUUAUCACAUUUACCGACAUACAAGGGGUGUAGGUUAUCUCAUUUAUCACAUUUACCGACAUACAAGGGGUGUAGGUUAUCUCAUUUAUCACAUUUACCGACAUACUAGGGGGCAGGUUAUCUCAUUUAUCACAUUUACCGACAUACCUCAUUUACCUCAUUUACUGACACACAAAGGGUGCAGGAAAAAACUUUCAUAAUUCAAGCAAUUUUCAAAUUCAAAACAAACGUCAACAUUUACUUUUAAAAAGAUAAAAAAACCUCAGGUGGGACAUAUCGCGAUAGGCAGUCAACAAAGACACGGUACCAUGUCGCAGUUCAUCCACCCUUUGUUUGUAAACAAAUCUCACGCAUGCGCAGAUUGGAUGGGAUGUCUUAGGAUACGUGGAUGGCAGAUGACACCACACCAGGUAGGACAUGUAGCAAUGGGUUUAAGUUGGAUAAGUUCAGGUUCAACAAAGACAUAGGCAAGAAUUGGUUUACCAACAGUGGUGGAUGAGUGGAACAGACGUAGAAGUCGUGUGGUGAGCGUCAACACGAUAAAUACAUUCAAGAAGAGGUUAGAUAAGUUCUUGGAUGGGAGGGGUAUGGAGCGUUAGUUUGGUGCCGUGGUCUGGGCGGCAUGUUGCGCUGUCUCGCGAGACCUCCUUCCUCCUCCUCCUCCUCUUGUUGCGGAGGGAGCCCGAUGGGUGGGUCCGCGGGGGUCGAGGGAAGGCAAAGCCCUCCCCCCAGUUAAGAAGGUUGGGGGGUUGAGGCGGGGCGAAGCCCCCCUUUUAGCUUAGGUCUUGUUGGUUUCCCGAAAAGGAACUGCCACUGCCGCCAUUAGAGGGUGGUAACAAUGCAUCAGAAAAUUCAUAACUGACAACUGGGGCAGGCCACUGGGUUACUGGAGUGAGCGGAAGCCCACUACUGCAGCUCACACCACACUGUCAUGGCGUCGUGUAACAAGUCCCGCCAAGCAAAUAAAGUCUCGUUCGCGAUACCUUACCAGGAUUAAAUAAAUUAACGAUCAAUAAUUAUCGUUUAAUUUUAUAAAUAAAGAACCUUAUUGAAGUAACUAUUCAGCAACGUGUAUAAAAAUAAUUGUAAGAAGUCCGCAGUCACUUGUUGCCAUGACAACGUUGACCACUUUCUUUUCUGUGAUCGGUGAUCGGAAGUUAGUUUGUGAAGUUCCGAUCUCCACAGUCUGAUUACCUUUUACAAAGAUGAUCCAAUCUUUACAUUCCGAUCGCCAAUUGCUGUUCCGAUCAGAUCGGAAGAUCGGACGAUCGGACUGAUGAUCGGAAGU